AUGCCUCGAUUCUUCACUGGCGACGAGCUCGGUUCCGUGAAGGCUAUUCGUUGUUCACAAGACAGUGCAACAAAAGAGUGGAAGUCUGAUGUCCAGAUAAUAUCGAGCACGGCGAGCGACGCGAGGCCUGUUCCAGUGCAAAAGCUCGCCUUCUCUGUGGUCGGCGCAGACAGAGCAUUAGCUGCAGCUCGUGGGGAUGGCUCCGCAUCCGUUCACCGCGUACCAGAAGGCGAAAGACCGCGGCUCAAACCUGGACAACGUUAUGUCGGCUUAUCACUGUCGGAAAACCGUGUAUUCUCAUGUACAUCCAAUGGUGCUUUGCGCUCGACGACGCUAGGUGAAGGCGAUUCUGCGUUCUCAGCGCAAACGUCUGUUCUGCCAAUGCGACUGUGCGAGUGGAGACUCUCACCUGAUAGCCGGACUUUUGCCUAUGGAGGGGACGAGGUGGAGCUGUCAGUUUGGGACACUGAAACCCGUCCACAACACCUCCCUCACAUACCUCCACCCUCGUCUUCCACCUCUCAGCAUCAUCUACUCGCUGGAACACAUCACGGCCACGUACGCCGAUACGACACCCGAGCGGCACGCCGUCCCGUGGCCGACUGGAAGGGCAUCGGAAAAGUAGGCGGUGUCAGGAUGGUCGAGAAGGGGCUCGCAGAACACGAGGCCUUCGUCUCAGACAACGGCUCGAACCUCUUCGCCCUCGACCUCCGCAACGGGCGUGUCAUCUACGGGUACAAAAGUACGCCCUCUCGCCUCCCCCUCCCUCCCAUUCACUCACAUCACGUUACUCUAACAGAUGUUGCCGGGCGGUGUCUCCGUCGCGGCCUCGCCUUCCCACCUCGCCUCCGUGGCGCAAGACCGCUUCCUCCGCCUGCACACCACGUUCCGCCGCCGAAGGAGCCCGGACAGCAGCAGGAGCACAAGGGCGAGGUCCUCGACAAGUUGUACAUGAAGCGAUCCCGACUGUCGUGCUUCUUCGUUCACGUACGCCCUGUGCACUUCCGUGGAUCGUCCCAACGUCUCUGCCUUUCGCGACGGCACCGCUGA